AUGUGGAACGCCAAUCUUGGAACAAAAAGAGCGAGACUGAACACAGUCCAAGUUGGUCUUCUGAGUGGAGCCUGGUCAACAAGGGUUGAUCUGCUAAACCCUCAUCGUAUCUUUGGAUUAGCAACGCAAGGUCGUCAGGGUUGUUGUAAACAGUGGGUAACUAGCUUCAAGAUUGCCUGCAGUGUUGAUGGAAUUUCCUUUAAUACUGUACAAGACCUCAACACCUCUAGCACGGACAAGGUCUUCAAUGGCAAUAUUGACCAGGACACUGUGGUAAACAACACGUUGCCCGUGCAUCAAGUCUGUCGCUUUGUCCGCCUGCUACCCCUCACCUGGUAUGAUGCUAUCAGCCUCCGUAUGGAGCUCUAUGGAACAGCUCACGUGACAGAUGUUGUUGCUCUGGGCCUUGAAAGUGGGACCAUCCCAGAUUCGAGCCUGACAGCUUCUAGCGUGUUCACUGACAACCAUGGACCAGAAAGAGCGAGACUGAACCUAGUCCUAGUUGGUAAUCUACGUGGAGCCUGGGCAGCAAAAGUUGAUCUGUUAACCCCGCAUCGCAUCUUUGGAUUGGCAACACAAGGUCGUCAGGAUUUUUAUCCACAGUGGGUAACUAGCUUCAAGAUUGCCUGCAGUGUUGAUGGAGUUUCCUUUAAUAAUGUACAAGACCUCAGCACCCCUAGCACCGACAAGGUCUUCAAUGGCAAUAGUGACCAAGACACUGUGGUAAACAACACGCUGCCCGUGCCUCAAGUCUGUCGCUAUAUCCGCCUGCUACCCCUGACCUGGCAUGGUCAUAUCAGCCUCCGUAUGGAACUUUAUGGAACGGCUCUCGUGACAGGCACACAUAAAACUUUUGAGGCUGAUAAAGCCGUCGACUUUGAGACCAAGUCCGUAACAGGCGACAAGACAGUGAGCGUUGCCUUUGCUAAAUUCUUUGCAGUUGGAGACUUUUGA